GGGAUGAGGCCAGCGGGGCUGUGAGGACGCGGGGUGCAGGGACACAGGGCACAGGGUCCAGCGGCCACGCUGCUCCAGAGGCUGCGGGGGACACAAGGAACAGGAGUGCGCGGGGACACAGAGCUCUACAAUUCUCCUCAAAGCAAAGACAACAUCUACUGCCUCUGUCCUCACACAGAAGUGCUUCUACAGUCAAUCACUGCCUUGCCUGCAACUGUCUGCUCUUCCCUCAUCCUUCUCCAGCCAGCAUUAGACCCUCCCAAGGUUUCUGACAUACACUGAAGCAAAGGAGCUUCUGGAGAUGGAAGGAAACCAGAUAACCCUGGACAGCCUUGACAAGGGCAGAGACAACCCAGCUUUCAGCUUCGAGGGAGAGAACAGACACUAUGAGGAAUGUGGUGGUCCAAGUGAGAACCAAGAGGAGAGAAGAGAAGGGAAAGGGAGAUUCUCCUCCUACUGCAGGAAGGCCCUGCAGCCGGCAUCCAAGGCAAGGCAUUUCUGCAAGGCUCAUGCCAAGGUGUUGAGAAGAGUUGUCCUGGGGCUCCUUGGAGUAGCCUACCUGUGCUACUUCAUUGCGGCCUGUUACCUCAACUUCCAGCGAGCCCUUGCCUUGGUGGUCAUAACUGCUGUGGUUGUCUUCUUUAUCUGCUGGGAGGUCUUCCAGAAGCACUGUGGGGCAAAGGUUCUGCUGCUCCUCCGCCCCGUUGGGAAGUGCUUCCAAAAGUGCUGGCCGUGGCUGAAAUGGAUCCUGUGGGUGGCCCUCCUGGCAGGCCUGAUUGUGUGGCUGGUUUUGGACACUGGCAGAAACCCAGAGCAGCUCAUCUCAUUAGGUGGCUUCAGCUUUUUGGUGCUGUUCCUGUUUGCCUGCUCCAAGCACCACGGAGCGGUGUCCUGGAGAGCUGUUUUCUGGGGUCUUGGUUUGGAGUUCUUACUCGGACUCUUUGUCCUCCGAACGACUCCUGGCACCCAAGCUUUCCAGUGGCUGGGAGACCAGGUCCAGUACUUCCUGGGCUACACCACAGCUGGCUCCAGCUUUGUCUUUGGGAACACACUCAUUGAAGAAGUCUUUGCCUUCCAGACCCUGCCCAUCAUUGUUUUCUUCAGCUGUGUGAUGUCCAUCCUCUACUACCUCGGUGUCAUGCAGUGGCUUAUUCAGAAGAUCUCCUGGCUGCUUCAAAUCUCAAUGGGCACCACUGCCACUGAGACUCUCAGUGUGGCAGGCAACAUUUUUGUGGGACAGACAGAAGCCCCACUGCUCAUCCGCCCGUACCUCACGGACAUGACCCUGUCAGAGAUCCAUGCUGUGAUGACUGGUGGCUUUUCCACCAUCGCAGGCAGCGUGAUGGGAGCCUACAUAUCCUUUGGGAUUGAUGCAGCGUCACUGAUCGCAGCUUCUGUGAUGGCUGCGCCCUGUGCCCUCGCCAUGGCCAAACUUGUCUACCCUGAAGUGGAGGAGUCCAAGUUCAAGGGCAAAGCAAGCAUCCGCCUCUCCCGUGGGGAAGAGCAGAACAUCUUGGAAGCUGCUAGCAACGGGGCUGCCGCCUCCGUGGGGCUCGUGGCCAACAUUGCGGCCAACCUCAUCGCCUUCUUGGCCGUGCUGGAGUUCAUCAACGCUGCCCUCCGCUGGUUCGGGGAGAUGGUGGACAUCCAGGGUCUUACCUUCCAGGUGAUCUGCUCCUAUGUCCUCAUGCCUCUGGCCUUUCUCAUGGGGGCAGACUGGGCAGACUCACCGCUGGUGGCUGAGCUCCUGGGGAUCAAGAUCUUCCUGAACGAGUUUGUGGCGUACCAGCAGCUGGCCACAUACAAGAAGAACCGUCUGAUGGGCCUGGAGGAGUGGGACGGGAGCCGGAAGCAGUGGAUAUCUGAGCGAGCCGAGAGCAUCACCACCUUUGCCCUCUGUGGAUUCGCCAACCUCAGCUCCAUUGGCAUCACGCUGGGAGGCCUGUCUUCCAUGGUGCCCCAGCGCAAGAGUGACUUUGCCUCCGUGGUGCUGCGGGCCCUGCUCACUGGCAUGUGUGUCUCCAUGCUCAAUGCCUGCCUGGCAGGUCUCCUCCACGUGCCAACAGAGGUGGGUGACUGUGCAAUGUUCUUCAGCACCACCAACUUCAGCUCGACCAGCUACACCAUGUACACCUGCUGUAAGCAGCUCUUUGCCAGCUCAGUGCUCCAGAAUGGGACUCUGUCCUUCACGGGAUCCUGGGCUGAGCAGACACAGAGCGUGCUGUGGCACAAGGAGUGCUGCACGUAUUACAACCACACAUCCUGUGCAGGGACAUUCUAGAACUGGGGGAACACCAGGGACUUCAAGGCCUAUCCCCAAAAGCAGAAAAAGCCCCAACAGAAACCUGAGCAUCUGGUCUUCUCCACUCCAAUGCUGAUGGACAGCUGCGUGCCCCUCGCAACCUUCACCCUUAGUUGCUGGCCCUGUGGACACAAGGGAGCAGCUCCCAAAUAAAUUAUGGCAGCCCUUA